CCGAGUCAAGAACCCUAACUACAAGACCUUUGCUUGAUAGCGACCAGCCAGCCACCAUGCGUAAGUCUCUGAAGCGGAUCCUUCACCACUACAGACAGAAGCUAGUGGGGAAGGUUUACCCAAACGUGGCAGCACUGCUAGCCUGUCUCGUCACAGACGGAACCUUUUCACCAGAGGAAGAAUUCGCAGUCUUGUCUCUCCCCAACCGUCACAACCAAGUCAGGGCCUUACUGGACAUCCUGGAGACCAAGGAAAACAAAGUCUUCGGGUCCUUCACUAACUCUUUAAGGAGCAUAUGUUACACACAUCUUGCCAAGACUCUUGAAGAGGACGCGGCUGAAGUUCUGACGUCACCACGGCAAGUGGACAUUGAGAUAACUCCAAGGACAGGAGAAGACGAGAUGCCUAGUCCGUGGGAGAGGUUCGUCAGGAGGUACUUUGUGUCCAAGCGGUGCCAGGGUGAGCAGUUACUGACUGUGUGCUCCAACGAAGACGGUACAUCCUCACCAUACAUCCAGGACGAGUUUCUGUGGGACUUUGUCUGCUCGUACUACGAUCUUCACGACGUGCUGCCGAAAUGUCUCACCUCUUUCACCGUACACUGUGUCACGGCAGGCGGGGACAGGCACCCUCAGAAAAACACCCUCGGGAAGCAUAGCCUCUACUCCAGCCUCCUUGAGUCUCUGAAGGUGUUACCAGAUACCAGCACACUGUCGGAGUCCACCGAUGGGGAUAGUUCACCUGGAUUAACCCUUGAGAUAUCCGUGUACACCACAAAGACAAUAGAAGAAGCAAAGGCCAUGAUCCUCCUUCUUCCUUACAUGCCACGUCUCAAGGAGCUGUACGUCUUCAGGGUACAGAUAGAAGACGAGACUGCAGCGGACUUAUCCCAAGCGUUCGCACAUCUGAAAGAUCUGAGAGUUUUAUCCAUCCACACGUGCAGUCUGUCAGCCAACGGCGCUGGGAUCCUAGGCGAGCAGAUUCCAAACUUGCUGAUGUUAGAAGAGCUGGUGAUGGCCUUCAAUAAUGUGGGAGAUGCUGGGGCGAAAUCGCUGGGUAGGAAGCUGGGAUAUCUGAAGAGGAUGAGAGUUCUGAAUCUGCAAGGGAACGGACUGACACACGAAGGCGCCCUGGCAGCGUUAGAAAGCGCCCCACAGUUGGAGAAAGUGAAGUUCAGCCACAUCAGCAUUAACGAAGACGGGGCAGAGUCCUUGGGGGAGACCUUAGCUUGGAUGCAGCAACUGAAAGCCGUGCAUCUGAACUUCCUCAACAUGUCGGCCCAAGCGUCGUCUGUUCUGAGCGGACACCUGGCACAGAUACAGCAGCUGCAGGUGCUGGACAUGGACACCUGCAGCUGUGAGCCAGACGUUAACAUAACCGUCACGCCUUAUUCUGGGUCUAGUGACUACAGCACAGCCUGACUAAAGUUGU